CAACUAUUUUUGGUUUUGGCGACAUUUUCUUUACCUAGCUAACCCUUGUCCCUUUUGGUUAAUUAAAAAUGUUCAAUGCUUGCAUUGCAAAAAUCCAAGCAGUGGAUGACGCUUAGGGCAAAAAAACUGAAGGAAGACAUAUGUAUGUUGUUUAAAACCAGCAAUGACACAGUGGUAAAAAUGUCCUUAGUGGAUACACUACAACAUCUCGGAAUCGAUCACCACUUUGAAGACCAGAUUGACACCGCUAUGAGGCAAAUCCUGAAGAGUGAAUUUAGUAAUUACAACCUCUAUGAAGUUGCCCUUCGGUUUCGCUUGCUGAGGGAACAUGGACACUGGGUAUCUCCAGAUGUUUUCAAUCGAUUCAAAAGUGAAGAUGGAAGCUUCAUCAAGGAUAUAACAAAUGAACCCAGGACACUAUUAUGUCUAUACAAUGCAUCUCAUCUUCUAAUUCAUGGUGAGCCAGCACUCGAAGAAGCCAUAGCUUUUGCAAGGCAUCAUCUUGAAUCAUGUAGUGGUACUUUAAAGACCCCACUAGCUCAACAAGUCCAACGUGCCCUUCACAUACCAAUGCCAAGGACAAAUAAGAGGGUGGAAAUGCUACAUUAUAUCCAAGAGUACGAACAAGAGGAGCAUAACCCGAUGCUACUGGAGCUUGCCAAAUUGGAUUUCAACCUUCAGCAAAAUGUCCACUCGAAGGAGCUCAAAGUUAUUACCAGGUGGUGGAAACAUUUUUUCGGAUAUAUCGAGCUAAGCUUUAUCCGCGAUCGUGUGGUGGAGGGUUAUACAUGGGCCUCCAUGUUGUACUAUGAUACAAAAUUUGAGCUCCCUCGAAGUAUGAUCACAAAGAUGAUUGUACUAAUUACCACAUUAGAUGACAUAUAUGAUAACCAUGCCACCCUAGAGGACAGUUGGAAGCUACAUGAAGCAAUACAAAGAUGGGAUAAGAGCGCCGCUUUUCUCCUGCCGGAGUACUUGAAGAAGUUCUAUAUGGAGAUGCUGAGGACAUUUGACAAUAUUGAGGCUGAAAUGCCAACCAAUACGAACUACGAUAUAGCACACCUGAAAAAAGCGGUAAGUUCAUGUACCCUUUUCUGUCUUGUAAAAAAAAACAUAUAACUUAGUGAGGCGUUUUGGCUCCCAGGAUCAUCUGCACCUGCGCUCAAUAAAAAAA